UGUAAACAAAAUGAAAGGAGUUAGCAUUCUAAUCAUUUGUGCAUUUGGACUGGUCGUCGUUAGUUCACAAGACUGGCAUAAAAACUGGAGCAGUCUAUUAACUAGUAUUGCAAAUCAACACAGUAAUAAUGGACAAGAUGGAGGAGAAUGUGAUCACGAAGACAGGAAAAAUCAUGCUAUCGCCCUGCUAAAAGAAUGGGUUAAACAUCAGCAUUAUGAUGCUGUUGAAAAACUCUACCAUGAUAUCUAUCAUAAAGAUUUAUCUGCAGCUAGAAGGAAAAGACAGUGGCACCACUAUUCCAGUAAUUUUGACGAAGCUUUUAUUCAUGGCAACAGAGAUCCAGAUUAUCGUCAUGUUGAGGGUUAUAUCAUGAUCAACAUGAACCAAGCAUGCAGAGUGAAAUUAAUGAAAUGGAUUGAAAAUCUUGCACAUCAUCACAAUCCUCAUGCAGCUACAACUGCAAAACCGACGCAUGCUCAUGUACGAACUACCGCUAAACCGACGCAUGCUCAUGUACGAACUACCGCUAAACCGACACCUGCUCAUGUACGAACUACCGAAGUUUACAAAACAUAUGUGCCAACUACACAGGAUUACCGUACAGAAGCCCCAACAACCAGAGCAUCAUUGACUCUAACUCCUUCAACACAAGCAACGAAAAUAUCAGUCAAAUCAACUUGUGAUGCUGUAACAUUCGUAACUGCAUUGGCACGUGGUACAAUAUUAACCAAUGCUAAAGCUGGAAAGUGUACGGAUGGUACACGCAGCCGCCCUGAAGCUCUAAUCAUGGAUUCGUGCCAAGCACCUGCCGUAGCUGAAUGGUCAGAGGGAGUUAAGGUUAUGGGAAAUUGCAAUAGAAUUCCUGACUAUACACCUAUAGGUACGUUCGAUUUUGGAACAUUUGUUGAAGAUGGAACUGACAUUGCCGGAAUAAUAACUGAGUGUACACCAAAUGGAUUCAAGAUUGCAAUGCAGUUAUGUGGACAUCCAGUAGAUGUUUAUGAAGUGACGUCAGGCCAUCCAAAUCCAAGACAGAAUGCCGACAAUUAUCAUGUUAUUAAUUGGUGAAAAUAAUAAAA